ACUGACCUACGGUGGAGGUUUCGGUCGUCUGUGCAAGUCAGAAGGGGAAACGCGAAGGGGGCACAGAAGCCCCUUAAGCUGCUGUCUGGGCCUGCCACCCCCAGAGUCAUCCACAAACUGUGAAGUCAGAUGUGCCGCGCCCCUCCCCUCCUCGGGGCCGCCUGGAAAGGAGCGGGCGGGAGGAGGGAGCCCUGGCACAUCACUCGGGCUUGGGCCGUGUGAGCAUCGGGCGCGCACUGUUAGGACCGGGGGGGUCGGGGAAUCAGUCCCGGACAGGCCUCUGCGAGAGGACAGCAGAGGAAGGCACCUUCCCCCUACGCGACCCCGUCUGCGCUGGCGCUCGGUAGGCCGUCGGGGUGGUGGCAACUGCGGCGCGGGGCGGGGCGCCGCGACCCCCGUCCUUCCGGGGCAGAGCCGCUCGCGUCGCCUCCGCCCCCUCGUCGCAGUAGUCCUCGCCCGGCUGGCUCGGCCUCGCGGCGCGGGGACCCGGCGGCGCCGCAGACCCGGCCGGCCCGCGAGCCAUGGCCCAGCCCGGCGAGGAGGCGCUGUCCGGGCCCGAGACUGCGGUGCAGAUCCGCGUCGCCAUCCAGGAGGCCGAGGACGUAGAGGAGCUGGAGGACGAGGAGGAGGAGGGGGCGGAGGCGCGGGGCUCGGGGGACCCCUCUCGGUACCUCAGCCCAGGCUGGGGCAGCGCCAGCGAGGAGGAGCCGAGCCGCGGGCACAGUGGCGCCACGACAAGUGGGGGCGAGAACGAGCGUGAAGACCUGGAGCAGGAGUGGCAGCCCCCGGACGAGGAGUUAAUCAAGAAACUGGUGGAUCAGAUCGAAUUCUACUUUUCUGAUGAAAACCUGGAGAAGGACGCCUUCCUGCUAAAGCACGUGAGGAGGAACAAGCUGGGGUAUGUGAGUGUCAAGCUACUCACAUCCUUCAAAAAGGUAAAACACCUUACACGGGACUGGAGAACCACAGCACAUGCCUUGAAGUACUCAGUGACCCUCGAGUUGAAUGAGGACCACCGGAAGGUGAGGAGGACCACCCCUGUCCCACUCUUCCCCAGCGAGAACCUCCCCAGCAAGAUGCUCCUGGUCUAUGACCUCUACCUGUCCCCUAAGCUCUGGGCCCUGGCCACCCCCCAGAAGAAUGGAAGGGUGCAGGAGAAGGUGAUGGAACACCUGCUCAAGCUCUUCGGGACCUUUGGAGUCAUCUCGUCGGUGCGAAUCCUCAAACCCGGGAGAGAGCUGCCUCCUGAUAUCCGGAGGAUCAGCGGCCGGUACAGCCAGGUGGGGACCCAAGAGUGCGCCAUUGUGGAAUUCGAGGAGGUGGAAGCGGCCAUCAAAGCCCAUGAGUUCAUGAUCACAGAAUCUCAGGGCCGGGAGAGCAUGAAAGCUGUCCUGAUUGGUAUGAAGCCACCCAAAAAGAAACCAUCCAAAGAGAAGAACCAGGAUGAAGAACCCACGUCGAGCAUCCACCUGAACAAGUCCCUAAACAGGAGAGUUGAGGAGCUUCAGUACGUGGGGGAUGAGUCUUCCGCCAACAGCUCCUCCGACCCCGAGAGCAAUCCCACGUCCCCUAUGGCUGGCCGGCGCCAUGCAGUCGCCAACAAGCUCAGCCCUUCUGGCCACCAGAAUCUCUUUCUGAGCCCGAAUGCCUCCCCGUGCUCAAGUCCUUGGAGCAGCCCCUUGGCUCAACGAAAAGGCGUUUCCAGAAAAUCCCCACUGGCUGAAGAAGGUAGGCCGAACUCCAGCACCAGUCCUGAGACCUUUCGCAAGUGCAUGGAUUAUUCCUCGGACAGCAGCGUCACUCCCUCUGGCAGCCCCUGGGUUCGGAGGCGCCGCCAGGCUGAGAUGGGGACACAGGAGAAGAGCCCCAGAGCGAGUCCCCUGCUCUCUCGGAAGAUGCAGACUGCAGAUAGGCUACCUGUGGGGGUGCUGAGGUUGCCCAGAGGCCCUGACAACACCAGAGGAUUCCACAGUGGACACGAGAGGAGCAGGGCCUGUGUAUAAAUACCUUCUAUUUUUAUUACCAGCUCCAUUGAAAACCUCCUCUGUUUUCAAGGUUCUGACAAAUACCUGGCAUGACAUAGAGUGAAAUUAAGUCCCAUUGAAAGAUUUUGUAUACGUGUAGACCUCUUAAUUUAUAUGUUUGUAAUAUAUAUGAAUUGCCUGGUAUGCUCUGGUUUUAAGACCCUCUUCUAGUUCAGAGCACCCAUUCCUCCCAGCAUGACCAUUAUUUUGAUGAUGCCCAACGUGUGUGAAUGGCUCUGGAGGGCUGUGGGGCAGAGGCUGCCCAGAGAGGGCCUGGCAGUGGGUCUCUUCUUCGUGGCAGGGUUCUUCUCUCCAGUGACUGAGCCAUCCUCAGUUGGCCAUGCAAGGGCUUCUUGAAAGCCCAGAGGAGUUCUGUUGUACGACAGCAACUAGUUAAGCCAGUAGCAUGGUGUUUUAUACCACCAAAUGUAUGUUUCCUGUCAAGUGAAUAAAUAAUAAAACACCUAA